CCCAGGAAGGGAGCAUGAAGUGGCUUGUGGUCCUCGGGCUGGUGGCCCUCUCAGAAUGCUUGGUCAGAGUCCCUCUGAUGAAGGUCAAAACUAUGCGAGAAAACCUCCAGGAAAAAGGCAUGCUGAAAGAAUACCUUGAAAAGUACCCUUACAGCCCAGCCAAGUUUCUUAGUAAAUAUCAGUACACAAAAGUGACUUCUGAACCCCUGAGGAACUACUUGGAUCUGGCCUAUGUUGGUCUCAUCACCAUUGGAACACCCCCUCAGACGUUCAAAGUCGUCUUUGACACAGGCUCUAGUGACUUGUGGGUGCCCUCUGUCUUUUGCGACACCUGGUCCUGCGAAAAACACAGACGCUUCAACCCUCGGAGGUCUUCCACGUACAAGGUGCACCCUGGCAUGGUCCACACUGUUAGACUCAACUACGGCUCUGGGGCCAUAAUAGGAGUUGUUGGCUAUGACACUGUUAAGAUCGGGGACCUUGAGGACAUCAACCAGGCAUUUGUCCUAAGCACCCAGGAGGACAGUUCGUACGGGUACUUUGUAGAAUUUGAUGGCAUCCUGGGAAUGGCCUACCCUGGCCUUGGCAAGAAUGGACUCACCCCUGUCUUUGACAACCUUUGGAAAAAAGGCCUCAUUUCUGAGAACCUCUUUGCCUUCUACUUGACCAGCGGGAGAAAGAGAGGCAGUGUGCUGCUGCUUGGUGGGGUGGACCACUCCUACUACUCCGGGGAACUUAGAUGGGUGCCAGUGACCAAACAACAAUUCUGGCAGGUAGCCCUGAACAGCAUCACCAUGAAGGGGAAGGUUAUUGCUUGUCAUGAUGGCUGCCAGGCCAUUCUUGAUACUGGGAGCUCGGUGGUGAAUGGCCCAAAUGAGGGUGUCCUGAACAUCCACAACAUCAUCCAUGCCCAGCGUUUCGUCAACGACGAGUAUGUCGUCAACUGUAACACCACCACCCACCUGCCUGACGUUGUCUUUGUCAUUGAUGGUGUCAACUACCCGGUGCCAGCCAGAAGCUACAUCCGGAAGAAUGCAUAUGGCAUCUGUGUCAGCACCUUCCAGAGUUUCCCAGACAACGCGUUCAACUCAAAGACCUGGAUCUUGGGAGAUGUUUUCCUUAGGCUAUAUUUCAGCGUUUAUGAUCGGGCCAACAACAGGGUUGGCCUAGCUCCCGCAAAAUAAAUGCUGGCCCUUCUCCAGAAAGCAGCCAAGCCCACCCCAAACACAAACUCAAACACUCCUCCAGGGAAUUCUCACCCAGAGGAGCUGACUUGAGCUGUGUUUGCUGUUCU